UACACAAGUUUUCUCUUGCUCCGUCUUAAUGUCAAGAAGCUUUAACAUGCUAAAGCGGGGUCCUAGAAGAGAGUUAUGACUCGUCACAACUGCUCUUCUGCCCCAAAUGUCGGUUUGUCCAAGGACUCUAAGGUGCAUGGCAAUGAGGUCCUAGAAGAGAACUCUGCUAGUUGGAGUUGCUCUUCUGCCUUAGUUUCCCUUCUGCCCCAUCUAUGAUUUUUACGACUCUCUAAAGCUUGAUAAUGGGGUCCUAGAUGGGAACUAUGACUUGCUUAGUUGCCCUUCUGCUCCUGGAAAAGAGUUGUUCUACAGUAUAACAAUGGGGCAUACUUGGUGAUGGGAAGAACAAGUUGCUGAUAUCAAAGUCCUAACUUGGUUGGGCCUUAUCAUAUGCUAUGAACUCAUGGUCCGAAUGCAGUGUUGGUCUAGUAAGAGUGAUGGCUGAAAAUUUGGUAUUUACUCUGCUCCUAGAAAUGAGUUGUUUGAUAGCAUAACAGUGGGGAAUAGUUACUGUUGGAAAAAUUAAGUUGCUGAUAUUAAAGUCCAGACUUGGUUGCGCCUUAUUAUAUUCUAUGAUCUCACGUGUAACUUUGAGAGAUCUCAAGUUCCAUUCUCUACAGUUUCUUAUCUAUUCGGAGAGGAAGGAAACCAUCAACAAGUGAACCUACUUUAAGCACAUGUUUUAUUUGAAACGGCAAGUAGAGAAUGGGUCAUGUGAAAAAAUUGUCGGAUGUUAGCACAUUACUCAUAAGGCUCAGGGCAGAAAUGGCAAGGAAGUUGUGGAUUGCUAAAAUGAACAUUUUGCUGUUGUUGUUGUCGUUGAAGACCACAUUCAUCUUUAAAUAGAAAGACCAGAUUUCCUUGGUUCCUAAUUGUGUCUUUUUUAUGAUGAUCCUCAGCUUCAUGGUCAAAUAAGUAUGUCGAGUAAAUGUACUUGUUGUAGGAUAUUUCCUCAUAACACAACAGCUGAGCUGAUUAAGAAGUGAUAUCGACUACUAGAUAGUUAGCUUUGAUUAAGAAGGGCAAAAUGGGUAGUCUUGAUUACAAAGUGUUAAUGGCUAUGUUGCAAAAUGGUUAGUUUUGAUUAAGAACUGCUAUUGGAUUGAUGGUAAUACUACUAGAUGUGCUCUCAAGUCCUCCUCGCUUAUGAAGAUGGUUGCUGAAACUUUUUGUUUACUUCAGCCAUCUUCUGUUAUCUUCUUGCCGGUGGAAGCUCUAGCUGUUCAGCUGUUCAGCUAACUGAAAUGGAGGGAGAGUUAAUUCAAGAAAAGGCUGAAGUAUACAGUGUCAGAACUUGGAUCCAGCAACUGUGUUUGCUUUUAAAUUGAUCCUGUUAUACUGCUUUGGAGAGUUAGGUAGUUUGUUGCUUCUUCUGAAGUACACGAUUCCAGAACUUCUGCUGGAUAACUCUGCACAUCUUGUAUGGCCCUCUAUCAGGCCAUGUAGCUUGGAAAUGGUUGCGGAUGGACACUUGAACCAAUAAAAUUCAUUUAUAUCCUUUUGUAGGCUGCAAAAGAUGCCAAGAGGCUUGUAGAUGAGGAAAGAGCAUUUGCUCGAGCAGAAAUUGACGGCGCCAGUGCUCAAGAACAUGAACGAAUAUCUAAAACGCCGGGGAAACAGGUUUGUCUAUUUAUAUGUUUCUUGUUGACAUUACUAAUUGGUCGAAUUUGUAGGUUAUGGACAUGGAACACGAAUUAUGAGCAUUGAGAACUCAGCUCCCCAAGAAGACCAAACGUGCACUUCAGCUUCAAAAGGAGGUUCUUAUGUUAUCGACUUUUGCUUCUUCACAUGUUAAAUCUGUUAACGUCGACUGGAAUCUAGGCUUUUACAUAUCCUGGCUUCUUAGUUUCAUAAUGUACCUGUUGCAUUGGAAAAGUAGAAUUAUCUUGCUUAGUUUUGAGCAUGCUGUCGAUCUGGUCUAAAUUUCAUUCAUGGUUUGCAGCCAACUUUACAGCAACCAGUAAGUUUGGCAGCCUAGAGUGUUGCCAGGGUUCCUUUUAUGUGUUUAGGGAGAUAUGUAAUUUUCUACACGGGUCUCUGUUGGUUUCUAUUGGUAAAUUGUCAAAGCGACACACUAGAACCACGGAGAUGGUGAACCUGAAUUUUGGAGAAGCCUAUUUUAUGGUUUAGGACACUUAUGUUCAAGAAUUUUUUUUUUUUUGUCUAGUCUUUCUUGUUUUUGUAGUUAAAGUUGGUACUGGGUAGAUCACAAGCAUGGAUCUCAUAUCUGGAUGUCACAAAAUAAGAGAUGCUAAGGUAAACCUUUGGAUUCAUUGAUUUCUUAAAUCUUCUUCUAUUUAACAUAUUGCAGUUGGCAGUUACUAGGAGUGGGAAGUAGAAGGCAUCACACCCAUAUGAAUUGGAGGGAACUGAAGCCUUAGGUUCAUACCUAAGAAUCAAUUGUUGGUCUAACAAUGAUCCAGAACUCACUAAUUGUUUAACCAGUGGUAUCGUGUAUCAUUUGAAGCUGGAAAGAAAGUGCUGAUAUCAGGUACGUUCAUAAUAAUGCAAGAAGAUUCUUUGAUAGCAUGAUAGCAAAUUGGUUCAACCACUAACUUUAGAUGCUGACAUUCUGAUGCUCUCAGAUCAGGAAUAAUUUCCCUUUUAAUUUCACUAGCUUUGCUUCCUUGCCGGAGCUACAAAACCAAUAUAUGCUCCAUAGUCGUAUGAUGUUGGACGGACGUUGCAAGCUGAAGUAACUCUCGGUGACCACACAUUACUACCAUUGAUCCUGGUUUGUUGCUAUUUAUGUUCCAGAGUCGUAUGAUGUUGGACAGACGCUGCAAGCUGAAGUAACUCUCGGUGACCACACAUUGACUACCAUUGAUCCUGGAUUGUUGCUAUUUAUGUUGUUUGCUCCUGGCCUUGGAAGCUAUGUGGAGGCUAUUGUCCGGAAGCAUGAUGUUGAGUUUAAGGUGGUUGUUACCCAGUUGAAUGGCUCACAUCAACCUUCACAAUCAAUCCACGUGUUUCACGUCGGAAAGAUGAGGAUUAAGCUCUGUAAAGGGUCUACUACAAUUGGUCAAUUGCUAAGGGAUACUACUACGCUUCCAUACAGGACAUGAAACAAUUGAUGAAGGAGGUUCAAGAGGCUAGAAAGAUCAAAAUGUUGCCUCAGCCAAGCAAGGUGUAUAUUGGAGGCAUUAUGCUCUCAUGAUCCCUAAAAGAAUAUUGGUAAGAUUUAUCCAAAAUCAUUUACAUGUAUAUUCAUAAACUUAAUUUCAUGCUUUAUGAGAAGGAAUCCAUGUGCGUCAGUGUGCUACUUUAACUUUCUAGGACUAUCUAUUUAAAAUAAUUUAUAUAUACGUAGGUUAUGGACAUGAGCUUUCUUGUGGAAUAAGACCUAAGCUUAACAGUUGCUUAGUGCUUUAGCUCUGAAUUAUGCGUAGUUAUGUAUACUAUUGAGGUCUAUAUUUAUAUGUUUCUUAUUGAGCAUUACUAAUUGGUUUAAUUUGUAGGUUAUGGACAUGGAACACGAAUUACGAGCAUUGAGAACUCAGCUCGCCAAGAAGACCAUACGUGCACUUCAGCUUCAAAAAGAGGUUCUUAUGUUAUCGACUUUUGCUUCUUCACAUGUUAUAUUCUGUCAACCUCGAAUGGAAUCUGGGCUUGUACAUAUCAUGGCUUCUUAGUUUCAUAAUGUUCCUGUUGCAUUGGAAAAGUUUCAUAAUUUGUAGGUUAUGGACAUGGAACACGAAUUACGAGCAUUGAGAACUCGGCUCGCCAAGAAGACCAAACGUGCAUUUCAGCUUCAAGAAGAGGUUCUUAUGUUAUCGACUUUUGCUUCUUCACAUGUUAUAUUCUGUCAACCUCGAAUGGAAUCUGGACUUGUACAUAUCAUGGCUUCUUAGUUUCAUAAUGUUCCUGUUGCAUUGGAAAAGUAGAAUCAUCUUGCUAGAUUUGAGCAAGUUGUCGACCUGCUCUAAAUUUCAUGGUUUGCUCCACAUUUACCGCCAACUUGACAGCAACCAGUAAGUUUGGUUUCUGAGAGCCUAGGCUGUUGCCAGGUCCCUUUUGUAUGUCUGCGGACAUAUGUAAUUUGCUACCCUGGUCUCUGCUAGUUUCUAUGGGAAAAUUGUCAAAGGGACACACUAGAACCAUGGUGAACUCGAAUCUUGGAGGUAAGUGAUAAGUGGGAGGGAUUAAGAUGAUGGGUCUUCGAGGGUUUUGUUAUCCUCUCUGAACAACUGCGAUCUUGCUGGUUUAUAUGAUUUUGGGACAGUUCGGCUACUUACGUCAAAUGUAAGAUCUAUGAAUUAACCUGUCGCCUGUUGAGUCCCUUUGUGCACACCUUGUCUCUUCUGGUCCGUAUAGUGUCAAGGUUGAGAAAUAGUGAGGUGACUGUUCCUAGUUCCUACAAUCUGACUUAUAAAAAAAAUUCAGUUCGUAUAUCUGAGUCCCAUUUUACACAAGUUUGCUCUUGCUCCGUCUUAAUGACAAGAAGCUUUAACAUGCUAAAGCGGGGUCCUAGAAGAGAGUUAUGACUCGUCACAACUGCUCUUCUGCCCCAAGUGUCGGUUUGUCCAAGGACUCUAAGGUGCAUGGCAAUGAGGUCCUAGAAGAGAACUCUGCUAGUUGGAGUUGCUCUUCUGCCUUAGUUUCCCUUCUGCCCCAUCUAUGAUUUUUACGACUCUCUAAAGCUUGAUAAUGGGGUCCUAGAUGGAAACUAUGACUUGGCUUAGUUGCCCUUCUGCUCCUGGAAAAGAGUUGUUCUAUAGUAUAACAGUGGGGCAUACUUGGUGAUGGGAAGAACAAGUUGUUGAUAUCAAAUUCCUAACUUGGUUGGGCUAUCAUAUGCUAUGAACUCAUGGUUUGAAUUCAGUGUUGGUCUAGUAAGAGUGAUGGCCGAAAAUUUGGUAUUUACCAAGAAAAGCGUUGCCCUUCU